AGUUCUCAUAACUCCAACAACGACCGUAUCACUGUUGAGUGGACCAACACCCCGGAUGGCGCUGCCAAACAAUUCCGUCGUGAAUGGUUCCAGGGAGACGGUAUGGUUCGUCGCAAGAACCUUCCAAUUGAGUACAACCCAUAG